UAUAAAACAAAUCAAUCGAAAGUUUCUAUUCGGACGAAAUGGUGCCGUUACUUUUCAUAUUCCUCUUGUUCGGUGAUUCCUCCGCGAGGAUGAAUGAUUUCGACCCGUUGGUGGACCGAGUCGUGGGUCAUAUAGACAACACCGUCCACUUCUUCGGCUACGACCACUUCGACAUACCUCCCAUAAACAAGACCUUCUACAAGAAGCUCGGUUUCACUGACGUAAAAGCUGGCUUGGUCUGCGACAGAGGGUCGGUGGAUAUCGCCUUGAUGAAGAGAUGGGGUCCCGCGAAGGCCGACGUCUUCGACGGCUAUUUCACCUACUCCAUGUCCCUGGAUGUUCCGGACAUGAAAGCGGAAGUAGGCCCAUGUACCUUCACCAUGGCGGGCGGCUUCGCGGUUUCGGGACACUACAAAGCUCGCGUCAACACUACAGUUGUAGGAGUCGGUCUCAAAGUGAUCCAAGAAAAAAAGAACUGUAGAGUACAACUGACCGAUUUGACGGUGGACAUCGGAGGAGUGGAUAUCUACAGUGGCGCGAGCUUCAUCCGCGCGUUACAAGAUUGGACAUUUGACGCCGUAGCCUACAUGGUCAGGGGUUCUGUCGUAGAAAAGGCGAACGAGACCAUCGAGAAGUUUGUGAAACAAAAACCACAGGAUCUGGUGCAGUUCCCCUGUUUCAAGCCAAUUAAGGCCGAAACGUAGUGAUAGUCCUUAUGUAUGCAAGAAGAGAUUGGAACAUUAAUAGCAAGCUGGACAUCGCUCUUUUUGAGACUACUGCUGAAAAUGUAAUUAAGUUUUUAAAAACAUCUAAAUACUAUAAUCUUGUUAAGACAACUCAAACAUAAUAAAUUUUAUACAUAUGUAAAAAAAGAAAAAUAUUUAGAUAUCAUUAACUAUGUAAUAUUCCAAGUUCAAAAAUAAUCGUACUGUAAAUAUUAAAAUCUGUGUAGUAUAUGCUAAUGACAGGGCAUAAGUAGAUGCAUUUGUUGAAUAAAUAAAUUACGUUUUUGUUCUUGACAAAAACGACAGAAACUUAUUGUUCAAAUUUUAUAUAAAUAAAUCUAAAUUUUCAAAGAUCAUAGUUUUAUUUCUAGUUAAUAACUUUUUUUUUUUCCUACCCCCAGGAAUUUCUUGAUUAUAAAAUACAAUAUAUAUAAAUGUAUAUAUACAUAAAUUUUCAAUUUCCUUUUAUUGCCCAAGGGCAUUUUAAGGUAAGAGGGCUACGCUGGGGCUAGGGGGACGCUGUAUGCGUUCUUUACAUCUGUGGCCAGAGGCCUUUUAUUAUACCACAGGGUGUGGACCAGUUAAUAACUUAUUAUGGUUUUGACAUUUAAAUGUUUUCAGAGAAAAAAACAUUAGUUGGGAAUCGCAUUUGCCACAACCUAAUAUAAAUUUAAAAAGAAACCAACAUUUUUGAGAGGGCACAUUUUAACAUUAUUUUGAGUUUAUGAGAGGGGCAAAUUGUAACAGAAUUUUGAAUUUUUGAGGGGGACACAUUAGGAGCAACUAUAUGGUCUCUAGAUGGUUUUUAUAUGUUAUACUGCAAAGGUUAUAUCCUUUGUUUUGGUUUUUGAGUGUGUUACUGAAGUAAUGCUAAUUUUUUCAGCAUAUUACAAACGAUUUUAUGUUGUUUUUUUUCUUUGUAACUCGGAAGGUAAUGUUACUUUAGAUGUAUAAUUGUUUGGAAAUAAUAAACCAUUGUCAAAUAAUUUGCAGUGGUUUGUAGUGUGUUACCUGGCUUUACAAGUUAGGACAGAGAGGCACACAUGGAAAGUACUUGGAGCCUUAGUGGCAUUACACGUCAAUAAGAUUAUAAUGUUAAAUAUGUUUACCGUUAACACAUAAUAUGUAAAAUAUAUUAUAUUAAUGUAAAAUAUUUAUAAAAAUUAAGAGAUAAUUUUCACUUUUGUAAAAAUUCUCCCACAAAACAGGAUUUUAAGUGGCGCUUAAAGACUUCAGCUAUGAACUGAUUUUGGGCACAAUAAUGUUAUAAGUAAAUUUAUUGUUGUAAAUAAUCUAGUCCACUGUUACAAUCACAAAACAAAUAUAAGUUUAUUAUAAAUUAUAACAUAUAUGCUAAUUUACAAUCCAAAAAUAUAAAUGAUUACAAUGCCUCAUGGUUUUACUUAACUUUUUGUUGUUCUUAAAUGUUUAAAGUCUCUUACAAGUUAGUUUAUCCUUAUUAAAUAUAUUCAGGGAUGCCCAUUCCCCCCAAGAUAUUUUAUUUAUUUCCUCUGUCUGUGCCACUCUAAAAAAGUUUAUACCCCAUCAAAAUGUGUCCCCCUCAAAAAUUUUUACACCACAAAUUGCGCCAACAAAUCCCCUUCUGCACACGAUUUUGUUUAAGUAUGGUUUCUUAAACGCUAGAAUACACCAACUUUACAAGAUGAUAAAAAAUUUAUUCAAUAAUUGAUAUAUUUCUUGAAUGUGAUUAAUACAGGCAAUUAAAAAGUUGAUUAAACUUUCAUAAAGAAUAAUGAUUAUUAUAUUGUUUGUUAUUACCCAAAAUAAAUUGAUUUUUUAAGUAAUUUACCGAUUAGAAAAAGCCCGUUAAAGAAUUUCAUGUCCUGAAAGGAAAUUUAUAACAAUUGAAAUUGUCUGGAGUUUAUUUUUAGUACUUCCAUCCAAAAAAAUAAAUGUCUUUCCUACUUUCAGGUCACAUAAACUUGAAGGGAUGUCCUCACUUUUGGUAUAUUAAAUAUUUUGAUACAUUCACAUCCUCUAAAAAAAAA